AUGAUUUCGGGAACAUGUCAAGAACCACUACGAAUUGGUCCACCUGGUCUCUUUUUACCUGGUCUUGUUGUUGGCUGUUUACCCUAUGAUGGACUCCGCAUGUCCACACUUGAAUGUUUCUUCUCAUCAAGUUGUAUCUCUACCAUCCUCACUUAUCUUGAAUACUACACACAAAUGGAUGGUUCACCACCUAUUAAUUUCGUUCCACCCACAGUAUUACCCUUGACUAUAUCUCCAUUAGACAACUCAACACCUUCGCGUUUUCCAAAGAAUAUUUCAAUCGGUACACUCAUGGACGAAUGCUUUAUCGAAGAAUGGACAUUUAGAAUGUCAUACGAAGAUUAUUUUGCUACAUGUGCACCAAGUCAUUGCAAUUUUGAAUAUGUUACACGCAAUAAUAUGUUGUAUGUAGCUACAUCAGUACUUGGUCUCUAUGGUGGUCUUACGAUUGGCUUACGAUUCAUCACCUGGAAUGUCAUAAGACUAUAUCGAUCGCUGAAAAAGCAUAUUCGUUCUCGUCGAAUUGUUGCUCCAUUAUGA